GGGAAAGAAUCAGCAAUUCUAACCGCCCACCCACACGAGUCUGUACCUUGAAUCACUAUGACCGCGAUCUGUCCCAUUCAUAGUUGGACUGGCAUCACGGAAGAGUCACUGCUCUAUUGUAUCCUUAAUUUGCCGCUUUUGGUGGUCAACGGCCACCAUUUCCCAGAAUCACCAAAACGCUCAAAUCGCUAAUCCAAUCCUCUUUCUGGGUUUUGCUCUUCCUCUAGUUCUCUAAUGGGUCGUAAACCUCACGACCCGGAGCCCACUCUUCCUCGUCGCUUGAUCCUCUUUUUGGUUUGCUUGGUUUCGUGCGGUUUGGUCUACGCCUUCGCCUCGGCAGUGCUCACAAACAUAGGGACCUCUCCCGUUGCGGAGUUGGUUGGAGAUGGCGUGGCAAUGGAGAAUUCUGUGGAAGGUUAUGGGGGAUGCUGUAGAGGAAUUGAAAAUCUGGAGCUAUGGGGUGCCGCUGUGAAGUGGGGUUCUGAGUUUAAAUUUAAUAAUUCCGAAGAUUGCUGCAACGCUUGUAAAUCCAUGUGUACUGGGAACGAUGGACCGUGUCUCUGUGAUUCGUGGGUGUUUUGUGGGAAUCGUGAGACUUGCGGAUCUAAGUUCGGCGAGUGCUGGUUGAAGAAACAAAAGGACAGCUUGGCUCCCGCACGACAAGAAGCUGGGGGAAAAGUUAGUUGGACUUCCGGUCUCAUCUUUGGAAAAGGAGAAGGUAUCAUUGAAUUGGAAACAGAACACGGAGCUCUUCGCGUCAAACUUUUCCCCGACUGUGCUCCACGCUCAGUGACCUACAUUCUAGAGUUGCUGGCUUUGCGCCAUUGUGCGGGGUGCCAAUUUUACCGUGCAGAAGGCCGAGGCCAAUCAUGGGAUGCAGAAGGAAACCACUUAAAAAAUGCUCCUUUUGGUCCUCCUUCUGCAUUAAUUCAAGGAACCUUGGAAGCACAGGGAAACCCAUUUAAGAAAAUACCAGUGGAAGACUGUCCAACAAUAAGAAGGGGUUCUAUUGCUUGGGUUGAUGGAGGACCAGAAUUCUUCAUAAGCCUUGCUAACCAUGGGGAGUGGAGAAAAGCAUACACAGUUUUUGGUUCUGUUCUUCCAGAAGACAUGAGUAUAGCCGAGAAAAUUGCUGCACUCCCCACAGUUUCUGAUGUUUGGAACAAUAUUAAUGUCUCUGUCUUGGAAAAACCCGUUCCCUUGUUGCUACGGAGAAUCCGGAAAAGCCCUGCAGAUAUCGACACCAAUGCAAAUUCAGAUUAGAAAUCCAUUUUUGCAAAUAUGGAUUUGACAAUUUUGGCUUGUAAGUGCAUACGUGCUCCAUUAACUUCAUUUGGGAAUUGUAGAGCUUAUAAGAAAGGAAAUUUAGAGUUCUACUUUCUUCUUUGAGCGAAUAUACUUCAUAAUCAUAUAAAUCAGCAUGCGUGGGGGUGCAUUAGCAGCAGCCGACUAAUGAGAUACGGACUGUUUCUUUACCGGCGGCUAGGCAUAUUACCAAAAUACAAAGCAAAUAAACGAACAUUUACUUUGUGAAUA